AUGUACACCAUCAGCAGUCCAGCUUUUUGUACUAUAACAUACCUGAUUCUGAGAAUCCCUGUCUAUGUUUCUUGUUUUGUGUUGGUGUGUGCGAGUCUGGAUCGUCGACGUCGCGUGUGUCAGCCUCUCAGACCUCAGCUGAAUGCACGACAAGCGACCUUCCUCUUGGCUGUGCCAUUCAUCCUAACCGCCAUAGCAACAUUUCCUUUUGUAGGAUUUCACACUGGAAUCCAGUUUACGACAUCGACUGGUCUAACUGUCAGAAAGUGCUGCUUUCAGAAAGAAUUUCCCGGAAAGUUUGUCAAACUUGCCGAGGGCAUUGUUCUGGCAGUGUACACCAUCGUCGGCCUUCCCCUCUUGGUGGGUUCCUACGGUCACAUCCUGUAUCGAGUCAAGCAGCAGAGUAAGAGAUUUCGUCAAAACCUAACGUGUGAUGUUGGUCGACAAGAAACAGGUCUGUCCGUGAAAUCGUCUCCGAACUCAGGCAGAAGAUUAAAAGAUGAAGUCCAAAAUACAACAGAAGACUGUGUAGAGUCACGUGACGAGGAGAGAUGUGUCGAUCAGACAGAAGGUAGAGCCAGAGAGCUGAUGGCAGUGGACCCCAGUGUCUCUGCAAGUCAUCUGCUACCAGCAAGACGAAGAAUGAUUGUAAGGGUACAUCAGUCUAGGAAGCUUCUGGCCUCAAAGACAACUCUUGUCAUGUUUGUACUGACCAUCACAACUGUCGUCUGCCUCACACCUUAUAUAAUCUGGACGUAA